AUGUCGACGACGACCAACCCCGACCCGUCACCGGGCGCGCUCGCGUUCAUCCCGCUGGAAGCCAACCCAGAGCUCAUGACCGGCCUUCUACACCGGUUGGGGCUGAGCCAGGCGCUGCAGGUCCACGACGUCUACUCCAUCACAGAGCCUGAGUUGCUAGCCUUCGUGCCCCGGCCCGCCCUCGCCCUGCUCCUCGUCUUCCCCGUCUCCGCCGUCUACGAGUCCUCUCGCCUCGCCGAGGACGCCGGCGUGCCCGACUACUCCGGCAAGGGCCCGGACGAGCCCGUCUUCUGGUUCAAGCAGACCAUCCGCAACGCCUGCGGCCUCAUGGGCCUUCUGCACGCCGUGUCCAACGGCCCCGCUAAGAACUUUAUCGAGCCAGAUACGCCACUGGCCAAGUUCCUCAGCACCGCGAUACCGCUGGCCCCCGCCGAGCGCUCUACCCUGCUCGAGCGCGCCCCAGAGUUCGCUGCUGCUCAUCGCGAUGCCGCUGAGCAGGGCGCUACCGCGGCGCCAGACGCCCGCGACAACGUAGACCUGCACUACGUGUGCUUCGUGCGAACGGAGGACAGCGGCUCCGAAGGCGGCAGCGGCAACGGCACCCUGUGGGAGCUCGACGGUCGCCGCAAAGGCCCCAUCGCUCGCGGCACCCUCGGCCCUGGGGAAGACGUGCUGUCGGAGAAGGCUCUGCUCUGGGGCCCCCUCAAAUUCCUUGAGCGGGGCGGCGGUGAUAUGCGGUUCAGUUGCGUCGCCCUCGCCAGCGCGUUAGACUAA